GCGGAGAGGACACCCCCAUCUCUCUCCCCUCUUCCCGCUCCCCCUCCUCCGCCGCCCCGCAGCUGCCCCGGGGCCGGGCGGGGACCACAAGGUGCCUUUGCUCGGCUGCGACCAACGACCAGCUGGUGCGGCGUUCCUGCUCGGGGCUCUCCGGCCCUGGGGGGGGAGGGGGGGGUCUAUCAGCCCUGCACCCCCUCCCCCACCAAAGGAUGCCGGGUUGAGGACAGGUGCGCGGAGCCCCAGGCGGAGGAGCACAGCCGGCCACCCCUGCCCCCCAACUCCGGGACACCAUGCGUCCACCCGGCUCCGUGCUGCUGCUGCUGCUGCUGCUGCUGCUGCUGCUGCUGCUGCUGGAGACAGGGGAGACACUGUUCCCCGAGGAGCCGAGACCCAUCAGCGUAGCCCCCCAACACUACCUGAAGCAGUACCCCGUGUUCGUGGGCAGCGGCGCCGACCGGACCGAGGGCGGCGCGGAGCCGCUGAACAUCCAGCGCAUGUUGCGCGUCAACCGGACCCUCUUCAUCGGAGACAGGGACCAUCUGUACAGGCUGGAGCUGGAGCCGCCCCCAGUCGGGGAGCUGCAUUAUCACCGCAAGCUGACCUGGCGCUCGAACCAGAACGACAUCAACGUCUGCCGAAUGAAAGGGAAGCAGGAGGCCGAAUGCCGGAACUUCGUGAAGGUGCUCUUGGUGCGCAACGCCAGCACCCUGUUCGUCUGCGGCUCCAACGCCUUCAACCCCAUCUGUGCCAACUACAGCCUGGACACCCUGGAGCCCAUGGGAGACAAUAUCAGUGGAAUGGCCCGCUGCCCCUAUGACCCCAGGCAUGCCAACGUGGCCCUCUUCUCUGAUGGGAUGCUGUUCACAGCCACAGUGACUGACUUCCUAGCCAUCGAUGCAGUGAUCUACCGGAGUCUGGGCAACAGCCCUACCCUGCGCACUGUCAAACAUGAUUCCAAGUGGUUCAAAGAGCCGUACUUUGUCCACGCGGUCGAGUGGAAGGGGCACGUGUAUUUCUUCUUCCGGGAGAUCGCAAUGGAGUUCAACUACCUAGAGAAGGUGGUGGUAUCCCGGGUGGCCAGGGUUUGCAGUAACGAUGCAGGGGGUUCCCCACGGGUGCUGGAGAAGCAGUGGACGUCCUUCCUGAAGGCCCGGCUCAACUGCUCUGUCCCGGGGGACUCCCACUUCUACUUCAACGUCAUCCAGGCCGUGACAGAUGUGGUCACCCUGGGUGGGCGGUCCGUGGUCCUGGCCGUCUUCUCAACCCCAGACAACAGCAUCCCCGGCUCGGCGGUCUGCGCCUUUGACAUGGCUCAGAUGGCGGCGGUUUUCGACGGCCGAUUCCGGGAGCAGAAGUCGCCCGAAUCCAUCUGGACCCCGGUGCCAGAGGAGCUGGUGCCCAAGCCCCGGCCCGGCUGCUGCGCCGCCCCCGGGAUGCGCUAUAAUUCGUCCAAUGCCUUCCCGGACGAGAUCCUCAACUUUGUCAAGACCCACCCACUCAUGGACGAAGCUGUGCCCUCGCUGGGCACCGUGCCCUGGAUCAUCCGCACCCUGACCUGGCACCCGCUGACCCGCAUCGUGGUGGACACGGCCGCCGGCCCCGGGGGGAACCACACCGUUAUCUUCCUGGGCUCCGACACGGGCGCCGUCCUCAAGUUCCUCAUCCACCCCGACCCCGGCCCCGGCCCCCACAGCGUCUUCCUGGAGGAGUUUGAGACCUACCGGCCCGACAGGUGCGGCCGCGAGAGCGAUGCCGGCCAGCGGCUGCUGGGCAUGGAGCUGGACCCCGCGGCCGGUGCCCUGCUGCUGGCCUUCCCGCGCUGUGUGGUCCGGGUGCCCGUGGCCCGCUGCCAGCAGCACACGGGCUGCAUGAAGAGCUGUAUUGGCAGUCGGGACCCUUACUGUGGCUGGAUGGCAGAUGGCUCCUGCAUCUUCCUUGACGCCGUUACCCGAGCCACCUUCCAGCAGGACCUCUCUGGAGGCGGCGCGGCCCACCUGGGAGACUGUGAUGGGCUGGUGAAGGAAAGCUUCGUGGAGGAGCCGGCCGGGCUGGUGUCGGUGAACCUGCUGGUGGUGUCGUCGGUGGCCGCCUUCGUCACCGGGGCCGUGGUGGCGGGCUUCAGCGUGUGCUGGUUCGUGGCCCAGCGGGACCGGCGGCGGCUGGCGCGGCGCAAGGAGCAGGAGAGCAUGAUGCUGCCCCACGGUGAGGCCGCCGUGCUGAGCGUCAGCCGCCUGGGCGAGCGCCAGCGAGGGGCUGGGGCCCGCGGGGGCCGGGCCCCCCCCCAGACCCUCCUGGCCCCGCUCAUGCCCCCCGGCUGGCCCAAGGCCCUGCUGCACGGCGACGGCCACCCCCCGCCCGGCCUGGACUCCGGGGCCCUGCCCACCCCCGAGCAGACCCCCCUGCAGCAGAAGCGCUGCCCCCGGGGCUGGGCCCCGGGCCCCGGAGGCCGGCUCCCCGGCUCGCUGCGGGACGCUCCCGCCGGCCCCCCCCACGGGCGGGCCCUGCCCCACGCGGGCCUCAUGGACCCCGAGCCCGGCGUGCCCCCCACCGGGGAGCCGCCGCCCACCGGGGACGGACGCUACCUGCCGGCCGCGGCCGACCUCCCGGUCACCCCCCGGCCCAGCCCCAGCCCCGCCCAGCGCCGGGUGGUCUCGGCCCCCACGGACUCCGACGCCCCGCGGCCCUGGAGCCCCGACGGCGGCCUGCCCCGCGCUGGGCCCCUGCGCCGCACCCGCACCUUCAAUAGCGGCGGCGGCGGCGGCCGGGCCGACUACCCCCACCCGCACGCCCACCACCCACUCACGGACUUCGCCCGCCUCCUCCCCGGCGGCCCCGAGCGGACCACACCUCCCGUGCAGUAAAGGCGGGGA